GUGUGAACAGUAAACACAUGGACUUGAAGCUGAAGAUGAUGGAGGUUCGACCUGGAGGACCCAACUCGUCCUCCUCUCCUUCGUCCUCCUCUUCCUCUCCCUCCUUCUCCUCAUCCACCUCGCCACUCAGCCCCACAGAGAACAAUGCAGAGCGUCUGCGCAGGGCAACAGAGAGACUGCGUGGUCCUGUAGUCUUCAGUCAGGAGCCAGCUGUCAGGAAAACACAGCUGAGGUCCUUCAGCCAGUAUGUGGAGGUCAGGCCAGAGGUAAAGCGUCAGAGAUCAGUACCAGAGGAUCAGAGACGGACGGGCGAGGAGAGAGGACUGGCACCAGACACCGAUGCUCGCAAGCCUUAUGAAGAUGAAAAGGCGUUCAAAGACACCAGUCAGUACGUUGUCGGGGAGCUGUCUGCUCUGGAGAGCGAGCAGCGCCACAUCGACGCCCGGGCGGCGCGCGUGGAGAAGAGGCUACGCUAUCUCAUGGACACAGGUAACAGUAAGGAAGAGGAGGAGGCCAUGAUGCAGGAGUGGUUCAUGUUGGUCAACAAGAAGAACGCUCUGAUCAGGAGACAGAACCAACUCUCUCUACUGGAGAAGGAGCACGAUCUGGAGCGUCGCUUUGAGCUGCUCAACAGAGAGCUGAGAGCCAUGAUGGCCAUCGAGGACUGGCAGAAGACAGAGGCUCAGAAGAGAAGAGAGCAGCUGCUGCUGGAUGAACUGGUCAUACUGGUCAACAAACGAGACGCGCUGGUCAGAGACCUCGAUGCACAGGAGAAACAGGCGGAGGAGGAAGAUGAACACCUGGAGAGAACCCUAGAGCAGAACAAAGGCAAGAUGGCCAAGAAGGAAGAGAAGUGUGUCCUUCAAUGAUUGUCAUUUCAUUUCACACACACACACACACACACACACAUAUAUAUAUAUAUAGUCUUCGUCCCAAAUGACACCCUAUAUGUCCUAUAUAUUACUUUGACCAGGGCAACAUAGUGCACUAUAUAGGGAAUAGAGUGCCUUUUGGGACACAGAUACAGACUAUGAUCAUACAAUAAUUGUAUUAUUAUUAUAUUGACUAUUAUUAUUGUCAUUAUUAUUAUUAAAUACCGUGAUAUUGACAUAUUGUUAUUAAUAUACAAUUUCUUGACAUUAUUAUAAUUAUAAUAAUUAUCAUAUUGACAUAUUGUUAUUAAUAUACCAUUAUAUUGACAUUAUUAUAAUUAUUAUUAUUAUAUUGACUAUUUGAGAAACCUGUAUUUUAAGUUUAUUUGAACCCUGAAAUUGAAAUGAUGUUGUUGUUUUUUGGUCAAGGGCUGUGAUGGUUUUACUGCUAAACUAAAAGCAUGCAUCGUAAAUGCAACCCUAUUCCAUAUAAAGGGCACUACUUUUGACCAGAGCCCCUCACCAUAUAGGAAACAGGGAGCCAUGUGGGAGGUGUAAAGGCUCUGUAAGGAUGAGACCAUGAUGUCUUGAACCAGCUUUAUACUGACAUGGAAAUGUGUCCUGCUUAUACAACACACUAGAUUUGUUUUAAUUUUGUUGUUGUUGCUUUAUCAAGCAAGGUACUUGUAUUUUAAUAUACAUAUAAAUGAUGGCAUAUUACAGCCCAGUGAAAACCUACCACGGGAGGGAUUGAAUUUCAUUCAGACACACACAGCCACCUCUUGGCAGAAUGUAUCAAUGUUGAGGAGCUUGGAGACAGAGAUUCCUUUAUAGUGGUUUUGAGGUACAGCGCGAGUUGUUUUAUUAGGGACGUUGGUGAUGAUAGCCAAUGAUAUUAUACUGAUGUCUAUUGUUUCAGUUGGACUUUAAAAACAACAACAACAACAAAAAAAGAGUAUAAUUCACGAUAUCAGUAUUUUCAAGCCAUGUUUAUUACUUGACUGUGUGUAAUGUUUUUAAUGGUAAUAUCUCAAGAUGCAGUUCAUAAACCGAAAAACUGUUAUGAUUUUUAUUUUAUUUUUUUCGCUUGAAUGCGGUUAACCAAACAUUUCAGAAGAAGAGCUGGCUCGGUGAUAAGGAAGAGGGGGGGAUAAGGGGGAGGUACGGAGGAAGAGUAGAGGGGUAAGGAGCAGAGUUGAGGCGGGGGUCGUGUCCAACAUUUUGUAUAUUUCAUCACCGCUCUGACAACGGCAUACAAAAAAACUUUUUUUCCCGGAUCAAUUCCGCAAGCAGUUGAAAGCAAAGAAAGCAGAAUAACUUUUAUUUAAUUGCCGUUUUAUAGUCGGUAGUAGGAAUUCUACGGGCUAUAGGUGUUAUUAGUGAACCAGCAUCACGACACAACCAUGUCAUAUUCUUGCAUUUCUUGCUUUUUAAUCAAAAGGGCGUUUUGUUUAUAUUUAUUGUACACAUACUGAAGAAGAGAUCAUGUGUUGCUUUUAUUUGUGCUUCGAUCUCCUGGUUCCAACAAUAGAAAUGUAAUUAUCAGAAAGGGCAUAUAGCCCAUCAGAUCAUUCUAGUAGUUAUAUUUCUAUCGGUUCCACUACAUCCGAAUGCAGCUGCUGUCUGAAACGUGUGAACAUUUACCUGUGUGAUUAUUUAUUCCACUGUCGUAACACAAGUCUUCAAUAAAGUCCGAAACUUUCAUACUCCA